UAUUCGAAAGCAAGAUUCUUGUUAACAUUUUGACAUCAAUAACUGUCAAGUGACAGAAAUAAUGGGAAAUAAACAUUCUCAUAGGAGAGCAAAUAGUUUUAUUGGAGAAAAUGUUGGAGGAGGUGGAAAUAAACAUGGUUCGAAUAAAAGGCAUUCAAUGAAAGAAGAUUCGUCUAACGGAAACGAAACACAACUUUCGGAACAACAACAAGGAAAUAAGAGCCCAGAAACCACACCAUCACUCUCUCUGGAUAAACUUCAAUUUAAUCAACAAAAAGAAACCUUUCGUACAGAUUCGAAUAAUUCUUCUUCUUCAUCAAAACGAAAGAGUUUACCCACAAAUUUAAAGAUUGGAACACCAACACCUAAAAUGGAUUCUCCAGCAACUGAAAAGUUUUGGUUUCUAUUAAAUACUCCACCUCAACAUUUACAACAUUCGAAUAUUGAUUCGAAUAUUUUCGAGAAACCUUCAUCUUUGGAUAUUAACAGUCAUUCGUCAUCUCUGACAGGUCCUAGAUCUUCAAUAUUUGAUGAAUAUAUUAGUGGAAUAACAAUGGAUGUCAUUUCGGCGACUAGUCCAGCAAUUGAUGUUGAUGGACUUUCGAAUAAUGUGAAAAAAGAAAGAAAGGCAUCACCUUCUGCAUUUCAAGCAAUUACCAAUUAUAAGAAUAAGAAAAAUUCGAUUAUUAAUCAUUCGAAUAAUGAAAAGGAAACUAAAAGAAGUGCAAGUUCAGUUUCGAAUAUUCAACCUUCGAUACCUAAAUAUUUGGAAGAGGAAAAGAUUGAUUUUUCACAGCCCUUAAUUACACCUCGAUAUGUCAAGGAUUCGUCUAUUGGUUUAUCAGAUUCUGUCGAUGCAUCCAUUUCACAUUUGAAACAUUUAAUAAGUGAUGAUUUUGUGGAAACUAGACGAAACAAUUUGGCAGUUCAGAGCUCUAAAGAAUUGAAUCCUCCUGAUUCUAAUGAUUCUUCACCAUUAUUGAUCGAUACCCUUGUAAAUAAUUCACCAAAUAUUAACAAUUCAUCAUCUAGGAACAUUCCACCACUCAAAUUGAAACAAGUUUCGAAUGUUAACUCACCAUCUGGUGGUGCUUUAUCAGCUCAUUCCACACCUAAGAAUUCACCUCUCCCAACAGCCAUUCCAGUAUCUACAGAAGUCAACAGUGAUGCUUCUACAGUGACAGGUGCCACUCACAGAUCGACACGAUCAUUGCCAUGGUUUAUUUCACCAAAAAGUCCAACACAAGAUUCUGAGAAUAAUUCACCACCACCUCCUCCAAAUCAAAACAACAAUUCGAAACGAAAGAGCAGAACUAGUGUGAGUGAUAUUAAGGGAGGAGAUAUUGAUUCAUUGCGGGAGGAGAUUCGUAAAUUUGAGUCACAAACACCACAGAAUGAGGAAAAUGAUUUGAAUCAAGAACCACCAACUAAAUAUUGGGAUGAAAUUGAGGAGGAAGAACAAGAUAGAAAACGAAAGUCACUGAAUGCAAUUUAUGAAAAUUUUGAACAUUUACAAAAUAUUGAUGUGGUGAUUCCGAGAGGAUCUGCAAAAUUGUCAGCUUCCUCUUCUGGUUUUCUGAAUAAUAAGAGAGCUUCAAUGACAUUGACUUCAGUAAUUUGUGGGACAGAUCUACAGGGAUCUUCAGAUUAUAUCAAGAAUCAAAAGAGGAGUAGUGUGAAUCUUUCGAAUAUUAUAUUUACGGAUAAGAAUGGAGAACAAACGAUUGUUACACCAGAAGCUAGUGGAGCUCUCUUUGGAAGAGGUGACUCCGUUGCUAAUAUUGAUGUUGCUUCUGAUAGGCAACGAGCCAAUCGUAGACUCUCACUUCGUCAAUCCCUAACACAAUCGUUCAAUGAAAAAAGAAGGUCAGCUACUGCCUUUCUCAAUUCCAAGCUGUUCAAGCUCUGAUAAACAAUUCUAAUUUGGGCGCUUUUUC